CUGUCAGGAACGGUCGGGGCUUUGCUGGCACGGCCGCACAGGGAGCGCGACCGAGGGAGAUGGUUGGGCUGUGGGGUCGGGCACCAACAGAGCCCACUGUAUUAGACUUGCCCUCUUUGUAGCAUAUAGAAUCUUAGAUGCUUGAGCACAAUUGGCCGUCGCGGAAUGGCAUAGCUGGAGAUGGUGUGGUGUGUUGGCUCGGACGCGACCUCCUGCCUUGUGUCACAUGGAGGCGCGGCUGCUCUUGCCGAACAGAACAGGCAGGGAUUGCGGCACUAUCUCGCCUCACCCUUCCACCUCCUCUCCAACACACACGCCCUCGCACCCUUGCGGACAGCCUCACAUAUGGCCGCGGCCUCCACCACGGUUGCUUUUGCCCGGAUCAGGGCGUCGAAUGGGCAUCGCCGGCAGCCAUGCUGGAGGGCGGCGCGAGUCAGCGAGUCAGUCACGAUGUCUGAGAUGGUGGCUUGUUUCGGGCAUUUCUGGCGAAAGAGAAGAAAACCCAGGUACCAAAGCCGUGGGAGACGAUCGACCCGGAAGGCAGCAUGCCAAUGGCCGCCCUCGAUUCAUCACAUCUCGUCACUUUGCAGCGCGGGCGAUGGCGCGGGGCGGCUGCGUUAUGUGCCUCGCCUGAUGCGGACGUCGAUCAUAUCGAUGGCGUUAUAGCUGCAGCAUCUCGCUCGACAUGGGGAUAAGAAUCGAUACACCCGUCAGCUGCACGAGGAAUCCAGUCCGCGAGUCUUCGCUCCUACUCGCCUUGCCACCAUGCUUUUCACGGGGUGGAUGGGUCGCCAGGACUCUGUCCCGCGCGCCCCCCCCUUCUGCCACACCUCGCAUCCAAUAGGUACGAAAGGGUCAGCGCGGCUUACGGCUCAUUCCAGGACUCUCAUCAUGCGUGUUUGCUCCUUUCAAGCUGAAGCCGCUAUCGCGCCACCCCGACGCCGGGAUC